GAGAACGCUUUACUUCAUGUCAAAUAGAAAAAGAGACCUGAACUAUCUCAAACUCCCAAAACGGAAGUACUUAUUAUUCACAAAUUGUCAAAUUAUUUUUACAAAUUUGGUCUAUUUAUCUACCCAAAACUGCGUUCAAUCUUCCUCCAAAUUGAGGAUUUGAAGAUCAAAUAUAUCGAGUGGAAAGAUUUUUGAGCACACUCAAAUUGUUUCAGAAAAUUGAAUUCCAGACUCACUCGCUCUUUAGAUAAUUUAAAAUGCGGAAGAGGAACAAAAGAUCAUCAGAAGAAUUAAAAACUGAUGAAGCUGGUAGUUCAUCAUCUAAUGCUGAAGAGGCUUCAGGGGCUGCGGCAAUGCCUCGGUUACGAAGCGCAAAUCGGUCGUCAUUUGUUAUGCUGACAAUCUUUGCAUUGAUCAUGUAUGCUUCAUGGAGUGUUUAUCAUUAUCAGUUUGAGGUGUUACCAGUACCUCUUAGUGCCGAAAAGGCUGGAAAACGAGGAUUUUCAGAGAUAGAGGCUAUGAAGCAUGUCAAGGAAUUGACUGAUUUAGGUCCUCAUUCUGUUGGUUCUGAUGCUCUUGAUGUUGCUUUGGAGUAUGUGCUGCUUACUGCAGAGAAUAUAAAAAACACAUCCCACGGGGAUGUUGAUGUUGAGGUGGAGAUGUUUUAUGUCAAAGAUGGUGCAAAUCUUAUGAAUGGCGGAUUAUUUGUUGGAAAGACACUUAUUUAUGCUGAUCUAAAUCAUAUCAUCUUGAGGAUCACACCCAAAUACGAACCCGAAGCCAAGGAGAACUCUAUUUUGGUUUCAUCACACAUUGAUACUGUUUUCUCAACGGGAGGAGCUGGUGAUUGCAGUUCAUGUGUUUCAGUCAUGUUAGAGCUUGCAAGAGGAGUCUCACAGUGGGCUCAUAGUUUCAAGAGCUCUGUCAUUUUCUUGUUUAAUACAGGUGAGGAGGAGGGUCUAAAUGGUGCUCAUAGCUUCAUUACACAGCAUCCAUGGAGUGAAACUGUUCGUGUUGCUAUUGAUUUGGAGGCCAUGGGCGUUGGAGGGAAGGCCAACAUAUUUCAGGCUGGACCUCAUCCUUGGGCUAUCGAAAAAUUUGCCUUAGUGGCUAAGUAUCCAUCUGGUCAUGUCAUGGCACAGGACUUAUUUUCUUCUGGUGUUAUUAAAUCGGCUACAGACUUUCAAGUUUACACAGAAGUCGCUGGUCUUUCUGGACUUGACUUUGCAUUUUCAGACAAUUCAGCAGUGUAUCAUACAAAGAAUGACAAAGUGGAGCUUCUAAGGCCUGGUUCCCUUCAGCAUCUUGGAGAGAAUAUGUUGGCAUUUUUGGUUUAUGCUGCAUCUUCAUCUGAUCUUGCAAAAGGCAAUGCUUUCAGAGCACCAGAAGAUACUAAUCAGAACUCUGCAAUAUAUUUUGACAUUUUGGGAAAGUACAUGAUCGUUUACCGUCAGCAGUUUGCAAAUAUGCUCAACAACUCUGUUAUUUUGCAGUCACUGUUGAUUUGGUUAUUGUCUUUGGUUAUGGGCGGUUAUACAGCUAUAGUUUCGUUUUCUUUGUCAUGUUUAAGUGUUAUCCUCACAUGGGUACUUUCUUUAAGCUUCUCCAUUCUUGUUGCCUUUGUGCUAUCAAACAUUACGUGGGCCGCUGUGCCUUACAUUACUAGUCCGUGGCUGGUUAUUGGUUUAUUUGGGUUUCCUUCUUUUCUCGGGGCAUUUGCUGGUCAACAUCUUGGCUUUCUCCUGCUGCAAAAGUAUCUGUCUAAUGCAUAUGCACAGGGAAAGCGGGCUUUAUCGCCCUCUAUUCAAGUUAAUUUGGCCAGUUUAGAAGCAGAAAGAUGGCUCUUUAAAUCCGGAACAAUCCAGUGGCUGGUUAUUUUGGUGCUGGCACAUUACUAUAAAGUUGGUUGUUCAUAUGUACCCUUGGUUUGGCUUGUUACGCCAGCUUUCUCAUAUGGACUUUUAGAGGCAACGCUGUCCCCGAUUCGAUUACCCAAACCACUGAAGACUGCAACCUUGCUUAUUGCUUUAUCAGUUCCUCUCGUAGUUUCUAUUGGUUCAAUCAUCCGAAUAAUCGGUGUACUCAUCGGGACUGCUGUACGGUUUGACAGAAAUCCUGGGGGUGCUCCUGAAUGGCUGGUUAAUGUAAUUGUCUCAAUAGUUGUGGCAGCUGCUGUCUGCUUGACAUUGGUGUAUCUACUUUCAUAUAUCCACCUUUCAGGAGCUAAAAGGUCAGUCAUUCUGGUGAGUUUUGUUCUUUUUGGACUCUCUCUGGCAUCAAUAUGGUCUGGUCUCAUUCCAAGUUACACUGAAGACACUGCUAGAGCUGUGAAUGUUGUUCAUGUUGUGGAUACAAUGGCUGGAUAUGGAAAUUCAAAAGACCCUAUCUCGUAUGUGUCACUUUUUUCCUCAACUCCAGGGAACUUGGAUAGGGAGAUUGAACAGAUCAAAGAGGGUUUUGAAUGUGGUAGAGAGAAGGUUGUGGAUUUUGUUACUUUCUCUGUGAACUAUGGUUGCUUGACCUACGAAGAAACUGAAAUGGGAUGGAGUGACCUUGAUAUUCCCAAAAUUGAAGUCAAGAGCGACAGGAAGACAAACGAAAGAGUGACUAAGCUUUCAAUUGACACAAAGGAUUCCACGAGAUGGUCUAUUGCAAUCAAUACAAAUGAAAUAGCAGAUUUUGGAUUUCGAGUUUCAGGUGAUCCCGAGGAGCUAGUUCCCAUGAGCAACAAGAGUAGCGUUGGCGGCUGGCACGUCAUACAAUUUUCCGGAGGAAAGAAUGCUCCAACAAAAUUUGAUCUCAUCCUUCAAUGGGUCGAGAACUCUACGCAUGCUUCAGGGAAUGCUGGUAAUGAUGUACAGAAAUAUCUUAUAAAACUAAGGACCGAUAUAGACAGAUUAACUCCAAAAGCAGAGAGAGUUUUGAUGAAGCUUCCUUCUUGGUGUUCCCUUUUCGGGAAGUCCACUUCUCCGCAUAAGCUGGCAUUCUUGACUGGCCUUCCUAUCGAUUUCUAAGCCUGGGAAUUUGGAUUUGGAAAUUGGUGUAAUACGUGCAGAAGAAACUGUAUUCAUAGCAAAAACAAGAAAAUCUAGUAGAAAUUGUUAGAAAUAAUCUUUUUCAGAGUAAUAGCUACAGAUUGCGGAUGUCUCCCAAGGAAAUCUAAAUCCUGAAUUGUUGAGUUCAA